AUGGCUUCAACCAUGUUCCAUGGUCGUUCUGACAGUUUACCCUCCAGACCACACCCUCUCAUGUCCCAGUUGGAUGAACACAUCUGCAGACUGAGGGCUUCUGAAGCUAUUUCUACUUCAUCGACAUCAAUUUCCCACAAGCUUGAUGGGCUUCAAGAUCUCCAUGACUGUGUCGAUAAAUUGCUUCUGUUGCCUCUGACUCAACAGGGAUUAGCCCAAGAGAACAAUCGCAAGUGGGUUGAUGAGUUACUUGAUGGAUCUCUCAGACUUCUUGAUGUUUGCAACUCUGCCAAGGAUGCAUUGUUGCAGACUAAGGAAUACACUCUGGAGCUUCAAUCCACCAUUCGCAGAAGACAAGGUGGCGAAAAUGGUCUUGCAAUUGAGAUUAAGAAAUAUCUGACCUCAAGGAAUAUGGCAAAGAAGGCUAUCAAAAAGGCCUUGACCAAUUUGAAGGGCUUAGAGAACAAAUGGUCUGUCUCUUGUAUUGACAGUGGAAAUGAGAUUGCAACUUUGGUUGCUUUGUUAAGAGAGGUUCAAGCAAUCACUCUUUGUGUGUUGAAAUCCUUCAUGUCCUUCAUCUCUGGGCCAAAGACGCAAUCCAAGUCAAGUCACUGGUCCUUGGUCUCCAAGCUAGUCCUCCAUAGAAGGAUAGCAUCUGAGGAAAAUGAAAUGGAGGAGAAUGAAUUUGUAAUGGCGGAUGCUGCAUUGGAAUCUCUUGUGGGAUGCAAGGCUGCUUGCAAAUAUGAGAAUUACAUGCUUAUGGAGAAUGUUCAAAAGCAUCUUAAGGAUUUGGAGAUGUGCAUUCAAGAUCUUGAAGAUGGAACUCAAAGCCUCUUCAGGCGUAUGAUCAAAACAAGAGUUUCCUUUCUUAAUAUUUUGAAUCAGUAA